UAAGUGUCAUUCGAUACAUGACAGUAAUACGUUUUCACUGAAACACGCAUCAUGGAUCUCUGAGUAAUAAAACAGUUUCAGUUUCGUGUAUUUGUCCCCGUGUCCUAUUCCAGUCAGUGUUUUUCUCAGUUUUAAAUUAUACUUACAUACCCAUAAAAUUUUCAGUACUACGAUAAAUUUUGUGUGUUCUUUUGGUUUAUGUAAAUAAUUUGUGAUUAGUGACAAUGGAAUCAGAUAUCAUCAACUGGAGCAACAAAGAAGUGUUGGAUUUAUUAUAUAAAGAAAAUAUAUCCAGUGUAGUGAUGGAUUUUUGUAGAAUAAAUGAUAUAGACGGUCAGUGUCUGUUGUCUUUUGUUGAUCGAGACUUUUACGAGUACCCCUUCGAUAAGUUAAAACUUGGUGAAAGAAAAAGGUUUAUAUUGCUCGUGAAGAAGUUGCAGAAGCAUAAUCGUGCUGCGAUGUACGAGUUGGGCUUGUGCGAGGAGGCACUCGGGAAUCCAUCGACGAACAUUAACUUUCUUGGCACUAACUUGUCUCAUUUAAGUUAUAAUCUACAUAAUAGAUCACCUGCUGAAUAUUAUGGAGGGACCACGGAGUUCGCAAACUUCAGUCCUGAGGUGAAAGCAUCAAAAUUGAAGCCCGAGGUGUGGAAAACCGCUAUUGCAUUAGGCUAUGUUUUCCUCGUAACAUGGGUGACAGCGGUGGUAAUGGUGAUAGUUCAUGACAAAGUUCCGGAUAUGAAGAAGUAUCCACCGUUGCCAGACCUGUUCCUAGACAAUGUGCCGCACAUCCCUUGGGCCUUCGACAUGUGUGAAAUCACUGGGUCUCUCCUCAUGGCAAUUUGGUUGACCGUCUUACUCUUUCAUAAACAUAGGUUUAUAAUCCUGCGAAGGUUUUUCGCGCUAGCGGGCACGGUGUUCCUACUAAGAUGCUUCACGAUGUUGAUCACCUCGCUGUCAGUGCCGGGGUCUCACCUAAAGUGCGAGCCGCGGUCGUACCCGCCGGCGGACGACCUCACCGUGUGGGGACGGAGGCUGCGGCAGGCCUAUGACAUAUGGAGCGGCGCCGGCAUGUCUGUGAGGGGAGUGCGCACUUGCGGCGACUACAUGUUCUCCGGACACACUGUUGCGCUCACCCUGCUUAAUUUCUUCAUCACAGAAUAUACGUCCCGCAACCUGUACUUACUCCACAUCCUGACGUGGGUGAUGAACAUGUUUGGCAUCUUCUUCAUCCUGGCGGCGCACGAGCACUACUCCAUCGACGUGUUCAUCGCGUUCUACAUCACCUCGAGGCUAUUUCUCUACUACCAUACGCUCUCCAAUAACCAGGCGCUUAUGAAGAACGAUUCGUCCAGAACCAGGAUAUGGUUUCCGCUGCUAUCGUUCUUCGAAUCUGAAGUGGACGGGAUCGUUCCUAACGAAUACGAGGGGCCUGUGACGAUCAUCAGCAACAUCAAGCAGUGGAUCGUGCGGUUGUUGACCGACGUGAAAGAAUCCUCCAUGGCUAAGAUCGCGGGGACUAAGUUGCAAGAAGGCGCGGCUAUGGGUGAAUACUCUGUGGUCAGACUCGUCGACGGGAUCAAAAGGAACCUCAGUUUAGUUGAAGAGUACACAGCGAGGAACAACCGCCCUCGGCUGCUGACCCUCGACAAGAACAUCCAAGCCUGCCUCCUCGACGACCACCCCGACUCGGAGCUGCGACACCGCAACAUACCCCACGACCUCUCCAGCGAAACACUACUCAAAGACUUAAGCAACCCCCCCUCCCCAAACCAAAAGAAGAGUAUAUGAACUACUCCACACCUAGAUAAUAUAGAGGCUGUUUAGAUUCAUUGUAGAAAUAUUUAUACAAUGAAGUUAAUUAGAUACCUGAUGUAACAUUUCCAUUUUAGAUUUUUAUAUCAUGUUAUUCCAUAUUUAUUUUAAUAUAAGUUGAAUGUAUUAUAAAAUAAAUUGUUAAGAUUUAUUUGCUCAAAGAAAUCGUGGAAAUAUAUAAACGAAGCUUGGA